AUGCCUUCUCUAAACGAGCUCGAAUCAGCUGCCGCCCAAGUCAUCGCCAUUCUCAAGAGCAUCAGCGAAUUCUCAGAUGCCAGUGUGGCCGUCAUUGGCGGUUUAGCCCUUUGGAAAUACAUUCCCAACGGUAGAACGACCGAGGAUGUUGACUUCAUUAUCAACAUCAACAGUGCGCCAAAGGGUGUCAAGUCGAAACUCCUGGCACUUCCCAACUCUCCGUUCGUUGAGCAUGCGCAAGUCUUCUUCUACAAGGUCCCCGAGGGCCCUGCCGUUCAAAUUGACAUCACUCCAGAGUGGCAGGUCCGUAUGCCCUUCCUAGAGCCACUCCUGGUCUCUAUAUCAGCAAGACGAAGGCGUCUUGCUCACAUCCAAUAA